GAGGAGCCUAGGGGCAUAAGAAGAUGUUUGGAUACAGUCAGGGAAUCAGAAGCACUUGGUCUGCAGUAAGGAGAGAUACAAAGUUACGCAUCAGAGCUUUCUAAAGAAGGUGCCCCUUUUUUUGCACUGAAAAGAUGAAGCUUCUUCUUGCAAUUUCUGUGAUUCUGGUCACAAUCUGCGUAUUGACAGAAUGUAAGCCUUCAGAAGCAGACUCGGAAUCUAAGAGCUUCAGGGACCACUUUGAUUCUGCAGGGACUGCAAUAAAAGAUUUUGGAGCCAAAACCAAGGAUUUUUUCAAGGAUCUGCAUAACAGUGAGGCUAUGACAAAGACAAGGAACUGGUUCACAGACCUUUACAAGAAGAUAAAGGAGAAAACAACCGGCUCAGACUAAUGCAUCCUAGACCCGACCAGCAGGAUUCUUCCCCAAGAGACCCUCAUGUUCUGACCACCAAUGUGCCUCAAUGUGUUCCAGUUGUGUUAGCCUAAUGGAGUAACCCCCACUGAUCUCCAUUAAUAAAUAAACCUGACGUUUGUCACAUG